GUGAGCGGGCGGGCUGCGGGCGGCCGGGGGCCGGCGGGCGGGCCCGGGCCUCCCCGUCGGGCAGCGGCCGGCCGGGGGGGACGUGGCGGGCCGGCGCUCGGCCGCGCAGGGAGCGCCUGGUGCCGGCGGCGGGCGGGCUGGGGCGGGAGGACGGCCCGGGCGCGGCGGGGCUGCCGGCGGUUCUCGUCUCCCCGGCAGUGGCGGUGCUCAGCGGGCUGCUCGCGGUGCUGCCUUUUUUUUUUUUUUCUCGGAGCUGCGCCGCUGCCUCAGCGAGGAGGCGAGGAGCGGCGGCGGGGCGGCCCCGGUGCUCCCUUGUGGCGGCGGGGCCCGGGAGGGGGGUCGGCCCGCGGCGCCCCGCCGCCCCGCCGCCGCCCCCGGGUGCCCGGGCAGCGCCGCAGCCGCCGCAGCUCUGCGCGGGGCUUUGUCUUUCCCCCAGCCGCCGGCCGGGCCGUGGCAGCGGGCUGGGGCCGCAGGGGCCGGCGGUAACGCUGUGGCGGGGGGCGGCUCAGGGGCCUCUGCAGCCCCUGCGGGCGGGCACGGGGAGGGAAAGCAAGCCGGCGGGGGGAUCCCCGCCCCGCGCCCCCGGCUGCUGAUUUCUCUAAAAAGUACUGCAAAGGGCAAGCGAUUAACUGCCGGCAGGGCUGGGCGGCAGCAGCUCAGGGGUCUCGCUCAUCCUGUGUCGUGACAGUCAGCCCCUGGGCCGGAGCAGCCGAGGGGAAGAGGCCUCUGGACUCGCUUCCCAGUGAAACGGGGCUUUUUGUUUUUCCUUUGUACCCGGGUUCAUCCGGAACGACAGUGUACGUUGACAGAUCAAGGGGAGCUGAACUGAAGGUCAGCCGAGAUGUUACUUUUCCACGCGUGCCUCGUGCUUGUGAGUCGGACUGCCGACUACGGAGGGACAACUUUUGUACUUGCCGAGGGCCGUGAGGCUCCGUGUGCCCGCUGCUUCCGAGUGCUGCGCUGCGGCUCGGGCAAUAAUUGGACUGUAAUGCCAAUGCCGCGUGUCAGCCUUUCUCCAGCAGUUAUAAAAGCAGAAUGAGCAUUAAGCAUCUGUUACCUUUUAACUAAAUUCAAAACAAAGUUGCGGGAUGAAGUGAUUGGAAGUCCUCCAAGUCUGGGCUGCCGUGCAUGUUAUCCGCCUGUCUGCCGAUGGUUCCUGCCUCUUGUUCAGUUGGGGUAAUUCCUCUGGGUAAUGCGUUGGGCUCUAGAUGUAGUGCAUCUUGACUUCCUCCCGACCCCCCGAGAUGUUACCGGUCUUUGCCUUCCUCAAUUUUAAAAGGGUGUGGGAAGGCCAGGGAGGCUGGAAGCCUCGGCUGCUGUGUGCGGAGAAGCUGUCGGCCUUCUAAGAGAGCAUGUAGGCAGCAAGCGCAUCGUGGUGCUUCGGUACCGAGCUGAUACCACAGGCCUCCAUCUUUUUGUGAAAAGGCAUCACAAGGAAAUGUGCUGAUGUUGAAGGGGGAGAGGUGGCGGGGGAACAGUGCUGUGAGUCCUGACACAUUUGGGAAGAGCCCGAGGGAAACCUUUCAUCCUGAGAUACAAAAGGAUUUAUUGGCUCUUGAAGAGCAAGAGGGACCUGUGAAUUUUAAAUUUGGAGUCCUUUAUGCUAAGGGUGGGCAGCUUACAGAUGGGGAAAUGUUCGGCGAUGUGGGCGUUCCCACAAUGAAGUGGUGUGGAGCUGAAGGGGACCGCGAUGUAAUGGUGGUGGAGCCGUUUGGACCGAGUCUUGAAGAUCUCUUCAGUUUUUGUUCAAGGAAAUUUAGUCCCGAGACAGUCCUAUUACUCGCUGACCAAACGUGCCCCACCUUAAAGUGAUUAAAAGUCUGAAUUGAUUUCUAAAAAGCAGACUUGCGCUGUUUGCAAACCGUCUGUUGCACUGCUCGAAGACAAAAGAAAUUCGCCCGAGAAAGUUUUUGGAAACAAAUGUAAAAUAGACACGGGGAAAGAGCUGGAGAGGUUUAUGUGUUGUCUGUGGAAUUACGUUCUCCUUAAUGCCCCUGACAUUUUACACUCCAAAUUAACACAGCGGCUGUGGGUGCAUCCACGAGCCCCCUUCCAUGGCCGAUACCGCGAGGCUGGAAAACGAAGAGCAGGUGACGAAGAGCGUGAUAAUGGGGGGUGUGGGGGGGGUGGGGAUCAGAGAAGCUGAUACAGUGUUGUAAUCCACGGGCAUCGACAGAAAAUGGUUAGGAAGUAGGACAGAGGUAAUUGGGGGGGGGGGGGGGGGGACUCGGGUGCAAAUAGCCCCACCGAGAGGGCGAAGCCCCGCGCGGGGGCGGGUGCGGGUGCGGAGUUAGUAACAAGCUUCAGCAGCGCUGCCUGAGGGUGGGCACUCGUGUGCAGCGGAAAGGAGAAAGCUGUGAACGAGCAUGUGUGGUGAAUAUGCCACACGCCGAGGACGUGCAAGG